CGAACUGUUCAUAUCGAGGAUAAAGAAUUGCCAGAUUCGUUGAAACGAUUCCUACUGGCUGAAUGUUUUACUGAUGAACAGGACGAGUCGUUGUCAGCGGAUUAUCACGCGACGCGCGCUUCGGCAGGCUUGGGAACCGGAACAUCUUCGUACCUAGCCUCACGCCUGGCCGAAGAAGUAGAAUUUCAGAAGAGUAUUAAAAACGCUAAGUUUAAUGUCGGGAAACCUGUGGAAUUGGUAAAAACUGAAGCGGACGUCAGAGAAAUGGCUGAUUAUAGCAGCAUCAGCAAGGCGCAGUGCAUUCUUCCGUCUGAGAUGGAGCAGUCGGAUGAUGAAGAUGUUUAUGAGAAAAUCGUGGAACUGAAGAUUGUACGACCAACAGCGCUAUGUGUUCGUGAUGAAACACUUAUGCAAAUCGUAAGUACUUUCUUUUUUUUUUGUUGA